AUGGGGACAGCAUUAUCUCUUUUGAAAUUUAAGAGCAAAAGGUUAAGACGCUGGGUAUCCAUCUGCACAAGAGGAUGGGGGGGCGGGUGGCGACGAGCCCCUGCCCCUCAGGUCGGCCGAUUGCCGGGCACCCUUUCCUGGAUUUCCCUCCUCGCAGGAGCCAGGGCCCCGCCCCAGAGCCGCCUUCCCCACCUCCUGGAUCCUCCCCCUCCCCCCAUUUCCUCCCCCCGCCGCCAUUUUAGGCUGGGCCGGAACCAGCGCCUGGCGCGCUCGAGGGAGCAGCUAGAGGGCGAGCGCCCCCACAGCCGCCGCCGCCGCCGCCGAGUCGGUGCUGGAGCCGGAUCUCGCACCCGAGCCCGGGGGAUCACGCGGGACGCGCCGGCGGACGGAGCUCCCGCGGGCGGGGGACGUACGGUUGGCCCGGGCCGAGGGCAAAGCAAUCGCGAGAGGCGCCAGCCCGGGAAAUUCUCCGGUCGGCGGCGCCGGACGCGGGUGGCGGCGGGAGUGGCUGCGGCUGAGGCGGCGUCGGGGCCGGCGCGUGUGCGGAGGGCGGCCAGGUGCCGAGUCGCUUGGCUUGACCUCCUGCCUCCACCCAGAGAUCGGGACGCGGGAACGCGGCCUGGGGAGGGGAUGCGGCAGGCCCGGAGCGGUUGGCGUACACGGUGUGUGUGUUUGCGGAUGCGUGGGCAGCGUGGGGGGUCGGCCGCGGGGGGGGGGGUGCCGGGGAUGGGGCUUACGGCGGCGCGCCAGGGGCGCUGGGGGGGGGAUCCCGCCGCCUCUGCGGGGGAGCAGGUGGAUGCCUACCUGACCUUGGCCAGUCGACUAACUGGAGAAGAAGGAAAAGAAUUCAUUAUAGAAAUCAAGAAACAGCUUCCUCGCCUUUAUAACGCAUUUAAGACUCACAUUUGUAGCCAAAACUCAGAGCUUAAUAGUGCUACUCUACAAGCUAUGGGAUUUUGUUUAUAUAACUCCCAAAUUACUUCAGGAUUAACAGAAAAAGAAAUGCAAGAGCUGCUUUCACAGUUGACCGAUAUUGCUACAAAGAGCACAGACAAAAAUACACGUACUCGAGCACUUUGGGUAAUGUCUAAACAAACAUUUCCCAAUGAAAUUGUUGGCAAAGCGGUACCCAGUAUAAUUACCAUGUUAGAAGUAGUAUUUAAUAAAGUGGAUGUGCAUUCUAUGGUGGUUGAUUAUGAAGCACUAAAUGUUAUCAUACGACUAAUAGAGCAAGCCCCUAUUCAGAUGGAAGACGAAGCAGUGAGGUGGGCAAAGUUGAUCAUACCUUUAGUGGUACAUUCAGCCCAAAAAGUACAUUUACGGGGAGCAACUGCGCUAGAGAUGGGAAUGCCAUUGUUGCUCAAGAAGCAGCAAGAAGUAGCAGCUGUUACUGAGCAACUUAUGACAACUAAACUAAUUACAGAACUACAAAAACUCUUCAUGAGUAAAAAUGAGACAUAUGUGUUGAAAUUAUGGCCUUUGUUUGUUAAACUUCUUGGAAGGACUCUUCAUCGAAGUGGAAGUUUUAUCAACUCAUUGUUACAGCUAGAAGAACUUGGAUUCCGUAGUGGAGCACCUGUGAUAAAGAAAAUUGCCUUUAUUGCUUGGAAAAGUUUGAUAGAUAAUUUUGCAUUAAAUCCAGAUAUACUGUGCAGCACAAAGCGACUGAAAUUGCUAAUGCAGCCUUUGAGCUCUAUCCAUGUCAGAACAGAAGCUUUAGCACUGACAAAAUUGGAAGUCUGGUGGUAUCUACUAAUGAGGCUUGGACCUCAUCUUCCUACAAAUUUUGAACAGGUUUGUGUACCUCUGAUUCAAAGCACAAUUAGCACAGACUCCCAUACUGUACCCCAAGGAACUCCAUCCCGUGGAGCAACAAAUGCAGGCUUAAACCCUGUUACUCCUAAUCAGAAGACAGGAUCUUUCCCAUUUGGAACUCCUGUUACACCCAGAAUGAACUUCUCUCUUAAUAACAGUGGAAUAGCAGCCAUUCCAUCCAUCCAACUCUUGGGAAUUGAAAUGUUACUUCAUUUUUUGCUGGGUCCAGAUGUUUUGGGAUUUGCUAAGAAAAACAAACUUGUGCUGAGUUUAGAGCCUCUUCAGCAUCCUUUAAUUAAUAGUCCUUCAUUCUUUUGUAAACAUGCAAAUAUACUCAUAGCUGCAGUUCAAGACAGCUUUGUUGCUGUAGGAAAAGAUGCAUCAGAUGCUAUGAUAUAUGCCAUAUGGAAAGAUAUUAUUGGCUUUGUGAAGUCAGUUAUUGAAUCAGGUAACAAAAAAGAAAGACAGGGUUCAGAAGUAUUGACCCUUUUACUACAGUCUUUGAAAAACAUAAUGACAGCUGAUGCAUUUCCUGUAUCAAAAACAUUGGUUCUCAUGGAAAUUACAAUUAAAGGACUACCUCAGAAAGUAUUAGGUUCUCCAGCAUAUCAAGUUGCUAACAUGGAUCUUCUUAAUGGAACCCCAGCUUUGUUCUUGAUUCAAUUAAUUUUCAAUAAUAACCUCUUGGAAUGUGGUGUAGCUGAUGAAAGGUUCUUUCAAAACCUGGAAACACUUGUUGGUUGUGUUCUUACUGGUCCAACUUCUCCACUCGCUUUCAGUGAUUCUGUUUUAAAUGUUAUUAAUCAAAAUGCAAAGGACCUUGUUAACAAAGAGCAUUUGUGGCGAAUGUGGAGUAUCCUAGUCAAUCCAUUGACUGAAUUGAUUAAUCAGACCAAUGAAGUAAAUCAGGGAGAUGCAUUGGAACACAAUUUCAGUGCUGUCUAUAGUGCAUUGAUGCUACCAAUAAUCCAUAUUUUUCCAGCACAAGAGUUUCCCUUGCCCACUAUGAAGGCAUUACUUCGAAGUUGGUCAGAAUUGUAUAGAACAUUUGCCCGUUGUGCAGCUUUAGUAGCAACAGCGGAAGAAAAUUUAUGCUGUGAUGAACUUUGUCUCAAGAUGAUGUCUAGCUUAGAGGACAACACCUUUGCAAAUUUGUCCUUUUUGGAUAGGAUUGCCCAUGUUGUAUUAGUAAUGGUUGAAUGCAUCAAUUUUUCACCAUAUAAUACUAAACAGCAACCUCAAAUUAAAAUACCACAGACACCUACAGAUUGGUCCAAGAAAAAAAAAGAACCUUUAGGGAAGUUGACUUCUUUAUUUAAAGUUCUCCUGAAGAUGAUGGAUGCUUUCCAUAAUGUCAACUUCAAGGAUCUUCAUUCAGAAACACUCCUCUCUGUUGGUACUUCAAUUAUCAGCAUUAUUUCUAAUAUGCUUGGCCAUGUGUCUUUGCCUUCACUGAUACAGUCAAUCUUUGCAAUUUUAACAAAGCCUCUGGCAUUGUUAUAUGAAAACUCAAAGCUUAGCGAUGUACCUAAAGUGUAUAAUUGUCUCAACAACAAGUUAGAAAAACUCUUGGGAGAAAUUCUUAAAUGUCUUCAAUUUCGCUACAAUGGCACUUAUAACAAUGAGCUUUUAGAACAACUGUCCCCAUUAUUGUGUAUAAUAUUUCUGCACAAAAAUAAACAGAUCCGCAAACAGAGUGUUCAGUUCUGGAAUGACACAUUUGCUAAAGAGACUUUGCUGGAGUAUCCUGAAGAAUUGAAGCCUGUAUUAAAACAAGCAAAACAGAAAUGUUUGCUUUUAUUACCUGGUUUUGAGGUUGAAGCCAUAGAAGAAUCUGAUAGCCUAUAUUCAGAGGGAACAGAAAAUUCACAAUUUGUUGCAAAAGUAAGUGGUCUAGAAAUACAGUCUCGUGAAAAACAAGAUAUUUUAUCAUUACGUACAAAGAAUCUGAAAGAAAAAGAUCUAAAAUCGCCAUCUAAGAUGAAGCUAGAAUUUUUGUCUCCUAAAUUUAAAAAAGAUGCCAUCUUGGAGGAUUGUUCAUCUGUUGAUUUUGUGUUCAUACCUCCCAAGGAAAAUGAAACAAAGGAAAGAAUUUUAACUGAACAUCAGAAAGAAGUACUUAGAACAAAGAGAAGUGAUAUUCCUACUUUGUAUAACAAUCUGGAUGUAUCACAAGAUAGUUUUUCUUGCCAUACUCAAGAAGAAACUAUGGAAAAUCCAAGUUUAACUGAAGAAUCAAAGGAAGAAUCAAAUGUUAUGAAGGAAGAAGAGAAUGUCGAUGAAAAGAAUAAUACUGAAGAUAUCAUAGUAGAUAAUAGUAUUGAGAAGCAUCCUGAAAAACCCUCUAUCUCAAAACAUAAGAUGCAAAGUUGCCAUGAAAAGAACAAUUUAUUAUUAAAUAUAAAAAAGCACAUUGAAAAAAAUGCUUCUAAAAUUGCAUCAAAGGAGCCUUCAGGAGAAAACACAAGCAUCAAUGAAAGUCCCUUAAAUACCAGUAAUAACUCAGUUUCUAGUGGACCUGUAAGUCGAAGACAGUCUUUUAUUACUCUGGAAAAAUUUGAUACAUCAGAAAGUAGACCCUUUAGUCCUUCUAUCUUGAAUACUGUAUCAGCAGCUGUUUCAGUAUCAGAGAAUCAAGAAAAUGUGGAUAUAGCAAGUACCUCAGUGAAAAUUAAGACCAAAGAAAUAAAUAUUUCAAAACCUGAUAGAGAAAAAGUCAUGAGUGGAACCAAAAAAACAAUUCGAAGAUCAAAUAAAACAGAACAUAUAGGAAGUAAAAGACCCAAGCUGUUAAAGUCAGAAGAAGAAAAAAAUUUGCAAGAAUCUAGUGGUUCUAUAAUGCCGGUAGAAAAUAAGUUGGCUGACCCAUUGGAUCACAAGGAGGAUACCGAGGACAUUCCUUCACCAGCUAAAGUGUUGGAAUGUGAAGAAGUAAAGUUUAAGCAUCCAGUAGAAAGUCUUGAAAUAGUGGAAAAUACUACAGAAGGAAAUGAUUUAGGAAAUAAUUUAGAAUCUAAAGAAAAUACACCUCCAGAAGUAAUACCCACAACAGACCAAAUAUCUAAUGAUGAUGGCCAUAUGCAGGUGUCAUCUAAUCAAAAAACACUUAGAAGAUCUUCAAGACGACGAUCAGAAAUAGAAUGUACUCCAGAUAAACAAGAUAAAGAAAACAGUCAAGAAAAAAAAGAAAAGCGAAAGGAAGAGGAGAAGUCUGUUCAGAAGAAGCUAUCACAAAUAAAAGAUGAUGUAUCACAAAAACAGAAACCAAUUUCUGAAAAAAAUAUGAGUGAACAAGAAAAUUUAAGUAAGAAAACAAGCAAUUUAUUUGAAAAGACUUCAGAACAAACUAACACUGAAGUUAACAAAUUAAAACCUGAAUUUGAGUGUAUUAAGUCAAAUGUUGAUGAUUUUCAGGAUUGUAGUUCAGAUAAGUCCUCACAAAAACCAUUAAGAGGACGAACAAGGUAUCAGACAAGAAGAGCAUCUCAAGGUUUACUUUCUAGUAUUGAAAAUUCUGAAUCUGAUAGUUCAGAGACUAAAGAAGAAAUUUCUAAUAAAAAAAGAUCUGGAAAAUGGAAAAAUAAGGGUAGUAAUCUUGAAAAUGAAAACACUAAGGGAAAAAUAGCAAAUAAGGAUUGUUUAGGCUCUGAAACUAAAAAUGAAGGGAAAAAUGAAGGUGAAACAAGUUCUGAAUUGGAUGUGGAGAUAAGAUUGCCAUCUCAAACUUCUGAUAUGAACAAUGAACAGAACUCUACAAUUAAUGAUUCUGUAGUAUCUAUAGACACAUCAGAAAUUUCUAGUGAUACAGAGAACACAAAGGAGGAGAAAAGCAAAACUAGCACAUUUGCAGAAGAUUCUGUUACAAACUCUAGUGUGCCAGAGUUAAUUUUAAGGACUAGAAAUAUAAAUAAAAAAUUUCAUAAACAAGAUUCCAUGGACAAUAGUGCUAUUUCUCUAUGUGGAGAUGUAUCAGAUACAUCUGAUAUGUCUUUGCUUUCUGAAAAAGCCUCACCAUCAAUUGAAUGUCUUCACAAAAGAAGUAGGAGGGUGAGAAGAUCAAAGAGCUGUGAUUGUUGUGGGGAAAAGUCAAAACUACAGGAAAAAUUCUUUACUUCAUUAAAAAAUACGGAUAAUUGUGAUGUAAAAAUGAAUGAACCACAAAGGCUAGGUUUGCAGGCCACUGAGUGUCCUUUGGAAACCUCUUGUUUGGCUACAGCCUUUGAAGUAAAACCUUUAAAGGAAUCUUGUACUGCUAUUGUACCAUUACUUCACAAUAAAGAACUUGAGGCUUUGAAUUAUUCGAUGACUGUCUCAGAAAAUGAGUUGAAAGAAAAUUCUAAUUUUGAGGAUCAUCCUCUGGAAAGAGAAAACUGUGAAAUCAAAACUUGUGCCAUUAUUAAUGAUGAAACAGACCUUGUACAAGAACUUUCCGAUCAGAACAAUAGAAUCAUUGAUUCUGAUCUACCAAUUGAUAAUUCUAAAGAUAAUUUUGAACAGAAAUCUGUUCCAGAAAUGAGCAGUGCACAACCAGUAACUUCAUUAAAAGAAGAAAUAAGUCAGCACUUAGAAAUAAAAAAUGCUGGUUUUGGAAAUAAUAUGCUUGAAAUAAAAGUAAAAUCAGAUUCUGAAGCAGACAUAAAGCAUGAAACUGUUACUGUGACUGAGACAGACAAGUUUGAAUCAAGUGCUGAUGUGGAUGUCCCUGAGGCGAGGAUGGAAAUUGACAUAGCUGAGGAAAGUGCCAUGGCAAACAGGGAAACAACUGAGCCAGAGGCUAGAGCUGAUAAUGCCCAGGCCAAAACAUUUACUGAUACCAAGGCUGAUAUUGGUAAUGCCCAGGCCAUACCACUUGAUGCAACUGCUGAAACUGGUGUGUUAGAGACCCUUGAGAAAAUGAAUACUGCAGAAGCAGAAGCAAAAGCAGAGUCUGGAACACCAGAAGAGGUAAAAGCAGACAUUGUUGACACUGAAGAACCUAAGUUAAAUCAAGAUUAUGUUGAGGCAGAUGAUGAAAUUUUUGAGAAAAUUCAGGAUACCUCAGAAAAAGUGGAGGAACCAUCAAAAAUACUUGUAAAUGUUUCCGAGCUUAUUACAGAAGAAAGUAAUGUGUCUCCUCAGAAGUUAAGGGGAAUAGACAUUCAGUCUGUAAAUGAUAGUCCAAGUGGAGUGCAGACACGCUGUAUGUGGUCUCCUUUGGCUUCUCCCUCUACCAGCAUUUUGAAGAGAGGAAUAAAAAGACAACAAGAUGAUGAGUCUCCAUCACCUCUUAAUAAGGUUCGACGAGUUUCAUUUGCAGAUCCAAUUUACCAGGAAGGAUUGGCAGAUGAUAUUGAUAGAAGAAGCCCAGUUGUUAGAUCACAUUCUUCUCAUUCUUCAAGUAAUUCUUCAACAGCUAAAAGUCUUAAAAGUUCUCCUACUACACAAUCCAAGCAUAAUACCACUCCAACCAAAGGAUUUCUGUCCCCAGGAUCACGUAGCCCUAAAUUUAAGAGCUCAAAGAAGUGUUUAAUUGCUGAAAUGACCAAAGAAUCCCCUCAGUGUUCUAAUGAAAGUAUUUACCCAGCUUUGGUGAACUGUGGAGCACCGGUUGACAUUAUUUUACCUCAGAUUACUUCAAACAUGUGGGCAAGAGGCCUGGGGCAGCUCAUUAGAGCAAAGAAUAUUAAGACAAUUGGUGAUCUGAGCACUCUGUCAGCAACUGAAAUAAAAACUCUCCCUAUCCGUUCUCCAAAAGUUUCCAAUGUUAAGAAGGCUCUCAGAGUAUAUCAUGAACAGCAGAUAAAAUCUCGAGGACUAGAAGAAAUUACUCUUAUUGAGGUUUCAGAGAAAUCAUUAAAUGGAAUGGAAAGUAAACCCAUUUCUCCUGAUGAAGAAACAUUUGCUUCAGAUUUAAUUGAGCCAGUUUCAGAUGGUCAGCAGACCAGAAAUCUUGUGGCCCAGAUCAGUGCUCUUGCUCUUCAGCUAAAUUCAGAAGACCUGCAUAAUUAUUCAGGAAGUCAACUUUUUGAAAUGCAAGAAAAACUGGGUAGCAUGACUAACUGCAUAAUGAAAAAUCUACAGUCUCGGUGGAGGUCACCACCCCAUGAAAGUUCUACUUAGGAAUUCCUUAUUUUAACAUAAAAGUUCUUUAAUAUCACAGUUUUUGUUAACUAAGGAUGGCCACUCUAAAACAUUCCUUGAACAUAAUUUUAGAACUUAGAGACUGAAUAUUUGCAGGGUAGAUCUUUUUAACCAUGAGAAAUAUAUCAUGAUGUACAUUCAAUUUUUAAAAUUUUGUGGGAUUGCUUUUUUUUCCAUGUGAAGUAUUUGCUCAUUUGCUGCUAUGCAUCAUCUUUCAAGGAUUUCAAGCAAGAUUUUUACUAAAACAUGAGGAAAGACUGAAAUCAAAUGUUCCUAAAUGGAAAACAUUUUUAUUUCUUCAAUACUUUAUGUAAAGUGACAUUUUAAGUAAGUGAAAUUGAAAAUGUUUUAUUUGAAAGUCAAAUUCCUUGCUGAGCUAUUACUGGUUUUGAUAUUCCAUUUCCUGCUUGGAUUUGUUGUGCCUGAGAGCAAAGAAGUCUUUUUUGAUGAGGCAUCUCAAACGAGAUGGAACAGAAUCAAGGUGGUUUGUUGGGGCUUUUCUGUUUGUUUUGUUUGGGUUUUUUUUUUUUUUUUCUUCAGUGAAGUUAAACAUGCUUUUACAUAAUGUUAUGGACAAGUCUCAUGAAAGAUGAAAUGCAAAAACAAUAAUAAUAACCAUAACUAUCAUUUUGCCAUCAUUAUGUUUAACAGAUUUUCUGUAACAUUUCUUGUGCUCUUUUCAUUUGUUCAGCAAAUGAAAAUGCAGCAGUAUUUUCCCAUGAGAAUUUGUUCCUGUGGGACAUACACAAUAGUUAAGUGCAUAACCAUUUGUAUAUUAUGUAUAGAUUGUAGAUGUUGGUUUUUAAUUUAUAAACUUCCACUGAUUAAUUGCAUGGAUUGCCCUUCUCAUAAAGACCUUUUGGGUAAGAGUUUUUGAUUUUAUAUUGUAGAAAUCCACUUUGUAUAUAUUAUGUACUGUAUUAUCAGUAUGGAGGGUCUUCAUGAGAUCACUUUAUUUGUACAUAAAAUACCCUACAAAGUCCUACAACAGUGAGUGCUGUAAUUGGUCGAUGAAAUCUUAGCUGAGAAGAUGAGUACAUGUUAUCCAAAAGAUAGCAGAUCAUAAAAUUAGUGAGAUGUUAAAUGAUUUUCGUUUUCAGUUCCAUUUAUGUUUUGUACAUAUGUAAAAGGAUCCAAUCAAAGGAAGACCACUUGAAAGUUUGCCAGUUUUAUUGAUGCUUUCUGAAAGUACAUUUUUGUUUAGAUAGUUUUAGCUUAAUUUAACUAGUGAAAAACACAGGGGUUUGAUUCUUUUGGGGGUCCCACACUUGACAGUGUUUUCCUUUUAUGGCUUGAGAAAUUUUGAACAAAAUUAAAUUGUGGCAAAUAAUAUCAUCAUUAGUAAUGCCUGGUGUCCCAUUCCAUCCUGUACAUUUAGUUUUACUUGCAAGACUUUUUAAAGAACAUUUGAAUUCUACUUUUUUUUUUUUUUUUAAUUCUUUAGCACAACCUUGUCUUCAGUACAAAAAGCCUUCUUAAAUAGGUUGUGAUUAUUUAGCUAAUUUCAUACAACAUGGUGCUAGUGAUACCAGUAUAAUCAGUUAAAUUUUUCUCUGGACCUAUUAGGUUCUAUUAGCCACAGGGUGAGAAAUGUCAUCUUUCUUAAAAGUAUGUGCUAAGGGAAACAGAAUGUGAACAGAUCAAUAAGACUUAUCCCCACCAUUUAGAGAAAGAUAUCUCAAGCCCACUAUCUUAAUGAGAAUGGGUUCAUUGUGUUAUCUUUGAUUUUGUUUUUUUGCAGGAAAUACUUAAGUAAUUCAGUGUAUUGCAAUUUGAAGAAAGUCAGAUUAGGGUUAGCUGAGGAUUUUAAAUAAUUAGUUUAUGAUUUAAGAUUAACAUCUAAUCAUUCUCAAAUGAUUUACAUGUUUCUUGCCUAAGAACCUUUUUUCCCCAAAAAAAGUUAAGAAUAGUAAAUAAUCUAAAGAAAAGUAAAAAAGAUGAAAUUAGAUCACUGUUUUCCCUUGGAUUAAGAAUAAGAUGUAGAAUGGCAGGAAAAACAAAACUAUUGGCUUUUCAGACAUGCAUCGUAUUUUUUUUUAAACGUCAUCAUAUUCACAGAAAACAACCAAAACAACAUUAAAAUACUACAUGAAUGGACACUCAACCUAUAUAAAGUUACAGAUAAUUUCUCACAUUUGUGUUUCGGAUUUUAAAAUAUAUGGUGAGGUUUUUUGUGCUUUUAAGUUUUGCACAGCAAUUCUGAGAAUUUUAUUCACUAUUCCCUUGUUUAGAUAUAAUUUUUUUCAAUCACUUUAAUCUACAUGCUUUAAUCUACAUGCUACAGGUAAACAUCAUUUUAGAUUCUGGUAAAAGCCUGAACAAAAUCAGCAAGAAAGACUGAAAUGUGAAUCCUUUAUAGAUAUGUUGGUUCAAUAACGUCAACAACCUUUUGAUUGACCUAGGCUAGUAAGGAUGAUUUCAAAGGUUAAUGACCUUGUGGAGGGAGGGAGGAUUAAUUAGAACUUGUCUUUUUUUUCAAAAAAGGCAUAGUGUAAGCAUCCCCCCUUCACCAUCUUUUUCAUUCUAAAUAUGAUUUAUUCUUUGUUUUGCUAGAGUGGGCUGAAGUUUACUUCUAUCUGCACCAUUGUAAAACAAUUUUCAAUGAGGCUUUCCUGUAGUUUUUGGACUUUUUAAAAUUAUAAUCUUAUUAUCAUUUAUCAAUAAUGUUUGGGUUCCUUCGAGUUAAUAACCUGAUCCUAGUCACAAAUAGUAGAGCAAAAAUUGGUUUCAUUUGUAGGGAAGAACCAUUGAGUAAGUGUUGGAAAAAGGCGGGGAGGGAGGCUUUAAAUCUGAAUAAAAACAUCUUAAGUUUGAGUCUUUGGCAAUGGAUUAUUUUCCAUGUAGAGAUUAAGAAAUUAAGUGUUCUACUUAGGCAUUAAAAAUAAAUAUUCAGUCACUCUUCCUAUUUCUAUAGAUUAUCAGAUGAGGGAGGUAGGUGGAGGAGGAUCAAGAAUCUAGAUAAAUGAUUUAGGAUUAGAAAAGAUAAAUACAAAUGGAAAUAUAAUACAAAUGGAGAUAUAAUACAAGUUUAUUAGAGGUAUUAAUUUCUCUUGUUCUCCACAUCGUCUCUAAUUUGGUCAAUUAUCUAAAUCAUUUAGAAGGAGCUCAGUUAGUUUUCCCUUGGACUUGAGAAUUAGUUUUGAUUGUGAUAGUAUUUGAUCAUGUAUCUCAGGAAACCAUAAACUCAUCUUUUAAAAAAUGUUGGUAGUUGUUGGUUAUGAUUGUUUUUGGCUUACUAGGGUUUCCAUAAGCUUUUGGGGAGGAGGGGGCAUAAGGAUGUAGUCUCUAACCUGCUGAAGCUAUUUUGCACUUUGUAGAGUAGAUAAAUUAUGAUUCAUCCUUUUCAUACUGAGCAUCAGACUCAUUUGAUUAUUGAAUUUUAGAAUGAGCCUGAAAAAAUCUGGAGAGAGUUGAAAUGUCAAGAAUAGAACUUUUAAGUAAUAAAACUUAGGAAUUUUUGGUUUUGAUCUAUAAAAAUCUUUUAAGCUGUGAAGUAUUUAACUUAUUAGUUAAACCUGCCCUUAGGACUUAGUUGCAUUAGAAGUUUACAUCCCAAAGCUGCCGGGGUAAAAAAAAAUCCCUCUCAACUGAUUUAAAAUUUUCAGAGAGUUUUCAAAUGUCAGGGGAAAAAAUUCCUUAGGAAAAGCACAUGGUUAGUGCUAUCUGAAGGAUACGAUUUUGCAGCAAAAGUUGUACACAGAGCAUGCUUCCUUAAAACCUUUCUAUUUGUGUCUCUGAUGCUUUAAUAACUUUGUGAUCCCAAGGCAAGCAGUUUAACUUUUGCAUUAUUCUAAGCAAGAUUUUUAAAGAUUUGCCUGACAACUUAAGUAGGAGAUUCUUCAUUAGAAUUCCUUAUACUUUUAAAAUCACAGGUAGAUCUAGUAUUAAAAUAAAAUAAAAUCUAGCUAUAAGAAAGCAAAUGUUAAAUUUCCAGAUAGGCCAGAUAAUCCUGGGGAAAGUAGAUUUUCUACAGUAGCUUUUAAUUUCCCACUAAGUGCUAAUCUGAAGAAAGGGACAUUUUAUAUAUUAUUUUCAAUUAUUAAUCCUAAAGGGAAAUUUUUGUAUUUUGAUUAGGUUUUGGAGACAUUUAUACCUUCCUCUCUUUGAUUUAAGGAAAGCAAGGUAGAAAUAAUCUUUAACUGUGCCAUUCACAUAGCAAUAAAUAUGCUUUGAAAAAGUAACCUGUUAUCUUUUCUAAGCUAUAUCUAAAACAUUUCUUAAUCACCUUCAUCUGAAUAAUAUUUUAAAAAAUCCUUUCUGGAUCUAAUGUUCUUGAUUAUAUGCUGUUUAUAAACUACUAAGCUAAACGCAUUUUUCUGUAAAGAUUUACCAAAUUAGAGUUAAGGUUUGUGGGACUUUUAAAAAAGCCAAUAACAAAAUGAAGUAAAAAUAGGUUGUUCGGUCAAGGCAUCAUGGGUAGGUCUAAAAUCAGAAAGACAAAUUAUGACUUUAAAGUAGAAUGUAAAUUUGUGAGUUUUUUUCUUUGUGAGAAAUGUCACUACUUCCCCACCAGCAGCUUCCCCACCAUGCAAUGAAGUACAUUCAAAGGUCCCCUGCUUGUUUCCUAGAAAUGUACAAAUUGCUAAUAGAAUGAUCACCCUUUAAUUAAUGAUGAUGAGAUUUCUGUAUUUGCAAUCGACUCCACUAUUAAUCAUAGGUUGCCAGAAGAAAAAAAGUAUGUACCCUAAUUGCAUAAGAGGCCUUUGGUUACCUUUAGAUUAUGGUUAUCAUGAUUGUAGGCCAUAUUGUUUAUUGAUUUUACAACAGUUAAUUUAGAAUUGGGCAAGGGUUUGCUUACACCACAGAUCAGGUGCAGGGAAGAGAGAUAAUGGCUGAAUAAACCAUAUAACGCAGUCUGGCAUCAUAACAUCCCCUAUACAUCUUAUUAGUAGAAAGCCUAUGACUUGAUAGGCUAAUUUCAGAGUCAUCAUGUGAACAGAAAACAUUUUUUUAAAGGCCAUAUUCAGGCUUGAUAUUUUAGAGUCCAGGGAGUGAGAUAUGCAUUAGAAUGUUUUAUGUCAAAAAUGGCUGAAAUUGUUUUGGCACUUAUGGAAUCACUUCACUUGUCUGAAGAUUUGAUGUUACAUAUUUCAUUCAAGAAGGAUCCAACAUAAUACAGUGUUAAUGGAAUGAGGGUAACUUUGGAAACUCUGUAUGAUAUAUUUAGAACAAGUAUUUAUUAGGUUCAUAAAAACUAUUGACUUGGGAUGGUUCUUGUGAUGAAUUUUUCAGGCUUAAUUGGACAGAGAUAGCAACUUGUAUCUAUCAAUUUAUGAUUUGGCAAAUCAUAAGGACUUUUUUCCCUAAAUUUGUCAGGUAGAAAAUAUAAAUCUCAUCCCUGUGUGAUUAAGUGGGAUAAAUUUAAUCUGUAAAUUUGCCUAAAGAAAUCUGCCAUGGGUGGAGAACUGGCUUUUGGAGGGGUCAGAAUAGUAAUGGCUUUGACAAUUGUAUUUGGAUUAUUUGCAUCUUGUUAGUGGCCUUAGUAGCACUAAUUGUGCUAUUGACAUUUCAUAAUUUUUGUUAAAACUCUGCUGUUGCAUCUCACUGUCCUUUUCAAUUACAUAUACCUGUUUUUCUAGUGACAUACUUAAGCAAUUUAUUGUUUUAAAGUUUUGUUUUUUGGUUUUUUUUGCUCCUAGGAUGUGUUUGCCAUUCAUCAGCUUGAAGUAUUUAAUUUCUCAUUCUUCUGUUUCUCUUCUAUAAUGCAUGAGCUUCAAAUCAUAUAAGUAUAGGUUGGGUGUGAAGAUUUCAAGGGACUAUUGAUUCCAUAGUAAUUCCAUCUGUUUUAUAACAUGUUCUACCUCUGUUGAUGGAUAUACUUUUCCACCAAUAUGCACUUAGCAGAACAAUGACUGGCUAAGCCUAGUCACAAAGAUUUAAAACAGUUCAGGGGCUCUCCCUAUAGUAUUUUUGUGCCUAUCACUUGAACUCAUUUUUCUAAGAUAGUUUAAUUUUACAUUAACAAGAAAUAUAUGUAUGUGUAUAUAUAUAUAUAUAUUUGAUAAAUGCAACAGAUAAGUCUUAAAUGUCCUGAAUUACAAAUAAAGUUGUGGAAAUAUAUUGUCAACUGCACAGAAAAGAAACUGUUGUAGGCAAUCUACAGAUAAACCUUUGUGGACUUGGGAAUGUGUUAUGCUUUUGCAGUAGCAAGUUUACUUUCCUCCUUAUAUUUUCUUAGACUAACAUUGAAUUCUUUUGAGUUCAUGAUGCAAAAGUGGCUUAACUAAACGAGGAGGAAGAAAGCCCACAGAAGUCAUCAUUGAAACAACUUUUUUCAAAGAAUAUUAAAAAUUGACUAGCUAACAGUUUCUGACUUAAAUGUGAUAUUAAAUGGGAAAGUACUGCUAAAAUAUUUUUUAUUAAUUGCACUUUUUCUCUGAAAUAAAAUAUAA